UACUCGUUUUGUUCUAGUUUUAUUCUUGUGGCUUUUCUCUUGUUUAAAAUAAGUACGACUUGUAGUGCUGUACAUGCUAUUUAAAGGAUGUUUCCACGCGUACUUAAGCACAUCUUGCACACAUCUUGCUAUCGUCUUUAUAUUCGAUCACCUUUAGUGCGUUUUUGUUCAAGUAAGCAAAUGUGCGUAUCUCAAUCUGCUCCUAAAACACAGGAAGAUGCAUUCAAACGGAUAGAGGAGAAAAUUUAUUUCAGUUCUUACGUGCAAGACAACUCACUGAGUUUGAACUAUCGACAGAACAAAAUUUUUGAGAUGCGCCUGAAAAAACUAGAAAAAGAUACCGCCCGACAACGCGUGGGCUUACAGCCUUUUCCAGUGGCUCUCCAGCACAUAUAUGGGGAGGUUUUAAAUGAACCGGCUGAAGACACAGACAGUGAGCACGACGAAGAAGGUGACUAUUUGCCAUACGAACAUAUGGCAUUAAAAAUUGAACGGAAAAGUGUUGAUGCGAACACAAUGUCCGAAAGUGCACCGACAACCGGACAAUGGAUGUCUGAUUACGAAUAUUAUGAAGAAAACGAGAACGAUGAUCGUACCUCAUUCUAUGGUACGCCGGAUCCAAACCAGCCAGUGUCUAAAAUUCCUUGCGGUGGAUGUGGAGCUCUGCUGCAGUGCGCCGAGCCGAGCAUUCCAGGUUAUUUACCAAGUCAACUGUUUAAAAAGUUAAACAAACAACAGCUAGCUGUUACUAUAUGCCAAAGAUGCCACUUUUUGAAAACUUACAACACGGCCAUUAAUGUAACGGUUUCGCCAGAAGACUAUGUGGAAAUGAUUGCACGCAUUAAAGAUCGUAAAGCGCUGGUAUUAUUGAUGGUAGAUUUGCUGGAUUUUCCGUGCUCUAUUUGGCCUGGUUUGUCAGAUAUUCUUGGUUGCUCUCGCUCCGUAAUAGUAGUCGGUAAUAAGGUGGACCUUCUACCAAAGGAUUGUCCAGGUUAUUUGGAAAACAUUCGCCAUAACCUAACUAAGUCUGUUAUUGAAGCUGGUUUCGAUAAGAACAACAUAAAACAUGUUGCACUGAUCUCAGCUACCACUGGAUACGGAGUAGAAGAAUUAAUCACCAAGUUGCACAAUAUUUGGGCUAGUCGCGGGGAUGUCUAUCUGGUUGGUUGUACCAAUGUUGGAAAAAGUUCACUCUUUAAUGCUCUUUUAAGAUCCGAUUUGUGCAAAGUUCAAGCAAGAGAUCUGGUUCAGCGUGCAACCGCAUGUCCCUGGCCAGGAACUACUUUGCGAAUGCUGAAAUUUCCGAUCCUGAAACCAUCAGACUACCGGUUAUAUUUACGUACUAAAAGGCUGCUUUCAGAAAGGCUCCAAAAAAUAGAAGAACUAAAGCUACGGAAACAUCAAGCGAAAAACACCGGCAUGACCCAACAAGCCACACUAAUAGGUCACAUUGGUUGCACAUUCUCAGCCCCGACAGUCCCUUCAAAGGAUCGAUUUUCCGUCAGCCAACAGGGAUCAGCGAAUGCACCUAUUUUGACGCUGAACGAAAAAAGUGACAUCUAUAUCAACAGUAAAUGGUGCUAUGAUACUCCCGGAGUAGUACAACCAGAUCAAAUUACGAAUCUACUUACUACGGAUGAACUACUACAGGUGCUACCGAAACAAAUGAUUCGACCUCGCGCGUACCUCCUUAAAACGGGAAUGACCUUUCUCCUGGGAGGUCUGGCUCGAUUAGAUUACCUCGAAGGACUUCCCUCGACCCGUAUCCUGUUGUACUCAUCCCCAAAUCUUCCUGUAGUGAUAUGUGAUACAGAGUAUGCUAACGAAGUGUAUCAAACACUCUUAGGUACGGUAUAUUUGAAAGUACCAGGUCCAGAUUCGAGAAGGCUUGCUAAAUGGCCAGCACUACAGGCUACCACGGAUAUUCUGCUAAAGGGAGCGGGAAAACACGUAUCGGUUGCUGAUAUUCUACUCUCGUCUGCCGGAUGGGUUUCGAUUAACUUACCAGUCGACGUUGAAGCGUCUUUUCGUGCUUGGACACCAGAGCGGAGAGGAAUUUAUGUGCGACAACCAGCAUUGUUGCCGAACGGAAUGAACUUGAGGGGAAAACGAAUACGGGGUUCGCUUGCGUACAGAUUGGGCAAGACGUUUGUGAAGCGAUAAUUUCGUUGUAAAAUUAUGAUCAUGAUUAAUGUUUUCAGUCAAUUUGUGAAG